AUGACAACCAACAAGCCCAAGGGGCAGAACUCUCUGGCCCUCCACAAGGUGAUCAUGGUGGGGAGUGGAGGAGUGGGCAAGUCAGCCCUCACCCUACAGUUCAUGUAUGACGAGUUUGUGGAGGACUACGAGCCCACCAAGGCGGACAGCUACAGGAAGAAGGUGGUAUUGGACGGAGAGGAGGUGCAGAUCGACAUCUUGGACACAGCGGGCCAGGAGGACUACGCCGCCAUCCGAGACAACUACUUCCGCAGCGGUGAGGGCUUCCUCUGCGUCUUCUCCAUCACCGAGGCCGAGUCGUUCGCCGCCACCGCUGACUUCAGAGAACAAAUCCUGCGAGUGAAGGAGGAUGAGAAUGUUCCCUUUCUCCUGGUGGGUAAUAAGUCAGACCUGGAGGAGCGGAGGCAGGUGAGCGGCGAGGAGGCCAAGGCCCGGGCCGAGCAGUGGGGCGUCAGCUACGUGGAGACCUCCGCCAAGACCCGUGCAAAUGUUGACAAGGUAUUUUUUGACCUGAUGCGUGAGAUCAGAGCCAGAAAAAUGGAGGAUGGCAAAGAGAAGAACGGAAAGAAGAAGAGGAAGAGCCUGGCCAAGAGAAUCAGAGAGCGGUGCUGUAUUUUAUAA